AUGUCCGCUGUUCAACAUAGUAUUCUCGAUACAAUUGCCGAGCAAGGUGUUCACUUUGCAUUAUGGUCAUCCAUUAUGAGUGUUGGUGGUGGUUUAGGAGAAAUCUUUGUUAAUCACGAUGCUCGUAUGCAUAUUUCUGGUGAACAUGCCAUCCCAGAAUUACUUGAAGCACAUAAACGAUCAAAAUAUUUAACAAAUUUAAUGUUACUUGUUAGCGGUGCAUCAGGUGCAUUAGCAUACCAACAAACAAAAGAUAACUAUUGGCUUAUUGGUUCAGGUUUAAUGCUUGCUGGUAUUCCAUACUGUGCUCUCGUUGAAUAUCCAGUUGCUGAACAACUUAAAUUUUUAACACUUGAUGCUAAAUCAGAAAAAGCUAAAACAUUAUUAGCUUCAUGGGGCGGUAUUCAACUUGGUAAAUUAGCAUUAGCUGCUGGUGGAGCAACAAUCUUCUACUGGUUCGCUCGUCGUUAA